UUCCCUGCUGUGCUGAUGGCAGAGCCCAGCUGGGCUGUGCCAGAGCCCAGUGCUAUCUCCAACCUGCCUCUCGCUGGGGCUUCACUUGGCUCUGCCUGUUGUCAGCUGUGGUGUUGGGUGAAACUUCAACCUUUGCUCCCUUGAUAAAGGCUGAUAGGAGCUAAAAUUAACUCUUGCAUCAUGUGGUGAGGGGUUUUCAUAAUCGAUGCCAGGAACAAGCACGUUUCCUCUCUGAAAAGAGAUGAAUUAAAAUGCAGCACACCACGUGCACGGAGGACAGGAUCUACCAUGCACUGGAGAGAUGUCUGCACGGGCUUAGCAGAGAUGCUGUCUCCAGCAGAUGGGCUGCAGGGCUGUGCCUGAACUGCUGGAGCCUGCAGGAGCUGGUGAGCAGGGAUGCUGGCAACUACCUCAUCCUGGUGGAGAAAAUCCUCGGCAAGGCCAGGGAGGUGCAGGAGAAGUGUGACUACGACCUGGUGAUGCCCCUGGCCCUGCUUUUCUACUACGCCGUCCUCUAUGCUCCCCACAUCCCACCAGACUCCGAGCUGCUCCUGAAAGCUGCCAGCGUCUACCACAGCUUCCUCACCUGGCCCGUGCCCUACUGCGACGUUUUCCGUGAGCUGCUCACUUUCAUCAGUGAUGAGCUCAAGGCACCAGGGAUUUCCUUCCAGAGGUUGGUGAGGACGGAGCAGGGGCUGCCUGUGAAGAACUACCAGAGCUCCACUGUGACGGUGCUGCUGCUGAACCGCUCCGAGGUGCAGAGCGAAUUCCUCUCCAUCGCAGAGAAGCUGAGCGGCACUGAGCCGCCCCGGCACGCCGCGCUCAUCCUGCUGCUGGAGCACCUCUACCAGGUCACCUUCGGCACCCGCUGCGACCUGGGCAGCCUGCGCUGCCUCCUGAAGGCCAAGACAUUGGAGGAGCUCUCUGAGAUCUACGCCAGUGCUGCUGAAGCUCAGGAGGCCGCAGCUGCCAGCAGUGACCCUGUGCUGGCCCGGGAGCGGCUGCAGAGCGUUCUGCAGGACAUUGCUGGGGCAGCUGCGCUUCCUGUCAUUGGAGGAGAUGCGCAGCCCCGCAGGCUGCAGCCCAUCCCCAUCCCUACUUCACGCUGCUAUGCUUACAGCUGGGACCAGGAUAACUUUGAUGUCCUCAAUGAUGUCCUCAGCAAGGAGUGCAGCGUUGUUGAGCCUGUGGCCUCAGAGAAUGAGGAGGACGAGGAAGAGGAAGAGGAGGACGUGGAAACAGAUGGCUGUUCCCCAGAGAGGGACUCGCUGCUGUCCCCCAUCUCCUCCAUUUCCAAAGACUCUGUGUACUCAGCGCUGUCAGAAGAGGGACCCAAGCCCUCCCGUGUGUCCCUCUUCAGCAGCUCCAAGGACUCCAUCUCAGAGCUGACAGUGGUCUCCAAAAAGUCCUUGCGGUCUUUUGUCUCCAGCCUGAAGGACUGCAUGGACAGCGGGUACGCAGAGGACAGCGACGAGAGCUCCCUGGACAUGGUUGGGAGGCCGGAGCUGAAGAUGGAGAAGACCCACCACAAAUACAGACACACGCUGACCAACAAAAUCUACAAACUUUUCAAGAGCAAAAGCCAGCUGGUCCUCAGGAGAGACCUGAAGGACUGUCCAGAUAUGGGCUCGCUCCCACUGCGCCGUGCUGAGAGCCUGUGCCACCCCCCGGCCAAGCCCCGCAUCCCGGCACGCUCCCGGCGCGCUCACUCGUUGCCGCAGCACGGGCUGGGCCAGAGGCUGCAGACCCCACAGACCCCACAGCUGCCCAGCCUGCCCCGCCGGCCCUUCCUCAGCUAUGACGAGGAUGCCAAAGUGGCCACCAUGCGUGUGGUGGUCUUCGGCUCCGACCGCAUCUCAGGGAAAGUAGCCCGAGCCUACAGCAACCUGAGGCUGAAGGAGAGCACCUGCCCUACACUGACAAGGUACUUCAAGCUGCAGUUUUUUUAUGUCCCCGUGAAGAGGAGCUGCCCCUUUCCAACGGCCCUGCUGAUGCAUCCUCCUCCAUCCCCAAGCGACCUGCAGCUCCGUGCCUCAGCACAGGUGGAGCCCACCUCAGCUGGGGCGGAGAGCAGCACCAACGACAUCUCCCACUACAUCGGCAUGUUGGACCCAUGGUACGAGCGGAACGUUCUGGGGCUGAUGAACCUGCCCAUGGAUGUCCUGUGUCAGUCUGCCAAGCCUGAGGCUGAGCCCCAGGAGGACUCCCGGGAGCAGCUGCCCAUCCUGGCCGACAUGAUCCUCUACUACUGCCGCUUUGCCACGCGCCCCGUCCUGCUGCAGCUCUACCAGACCGAGCUCACCUUCAUAGGGGGGGAGAAGAUGACCGAAGUCUUCAUCCACUCCCUGGAGCUGGGUCACUCGGCAGCCACACGGGCCAUCAAGGCGUCAGGUCCGGGCAGCAAAAGGCUGGGCAUAGAUGGAGACAGAGAAGCAAUCCCACUAACACUACAGAUCGCCUACAGCAAGACAGCCAUCAGUGGAAGGAGUCAGUGGAACGAUGUUGAGAAGGUCUGCACAUCUGUUAACCUCAGCAAAGCCUGCAAGAAGUACGAAGAGCUGGCCUCAAAGACGGAGUGUCUCAACUUGACCCUGACAGAGGUGGUUAAAAGGCAAAACUCCAAAUCCAAAAAAAGUUUCAAUCAGCAGCUCAGCGUGUCCCAGAUAAAGGUAGACAAGGUCCAGAUUAUUGGUGUCCAGUCCUCCUUCGCCGUGUGCUUGGAUCAGGACGAGCAGAAGAUCCUGCAGAGUGUAACCAGGUGUGAGAUCUCUGUGUGCUACAGACCAAGGGACACUGACCCUCUUGCACUGAGAAGGUCCUCUUUGACUCCCCAGGACCCCUCUGAGUUUCAUUCUCUCCUGUGUUUACCCAUUUCCACCUUCAGUGGAGCGUUGCCAUAGAAGAACCCUGUGCUCUCAUUGGACCAGACAUGCAUCCAACACCAAAAUGAAGCUGUCCUGCUGGAGACCAGCCACUUUUGUCCAAGACAUCCUGCAGUCUGAAGCCAUAGUGUGGUGAUUGAACUGCUCCUGAUGUGAGCUGAGCCCAUCCUUGGGAAAUGAUGUUAGUGUCAGGCUCCGGUACAGCUCAGGAUUCCCUGGGAGGAAAGUGAGAUCUCUACCUGGUUGAGCAGGCUGCCAACACCAAACUGAGAGGACAAGGCAAGGACAGCGACGUUUUCCUGCCAGCAAAUGGUGCUGUGGCCAUACUUAGUGACUGCAAAGCCCAUGUGAUGCUGGAGAGAAUGUAUUCUGGAAAGUGAAUGUCUUUGGCUGAGUGGUGGCAGGUGGAGCAGAUGCAUGUGGAGUUGAAAACCAUGCAGCCAAUGUUCUGAUGACAUUUCACUUGCAAUAAGCCAGUGAUGCUGGGGAUGGUUCUCUGGGGAUAGGCACAGGCUUUCUCAGGGUUUGCUUUAAAUUAUGAGAGAUGGGUGCAGAGAAACAGCACAAUGCAGAAUGACCCAGCUGGGGCCCAGAAAGAGCCCAGUAUGAAUUAUGGACUGCUCUUUGUGUUCCAGCGAAUCCAGUGCAAUAGGCCAUACCAGGGCAUGGGCAGCUCAUCACACAUAUGUGUUAGCUGUAAAUCCAGGACCUGCAGGAGAUAACCUUCCACUUCUUGCAGAGUUUCAGAGUUCAUCCAGGAGGGAGAUGGAGUUGCUGUUCAGCUGGUGUUCUUGCAUCCUGCUCACCAGUGCAUGAGUGCUAGAGACAUCCCAGAGGCUGAAUGCUCUAUAGGUGCUUGAGAUAGAGCAUAAACCAUGUUCGUGCUCAUAGGAGGGAGGGGAGUACUGGGUAAAGUGCUAGGAUUGCCUUGCCUCACCUCAGGGUGUGGCUUUGGUGGAGAAGGACCCAGCACCAAUAACACUAGUGAUGCUUGCAGGCAAUGAUAGGCUCUGAGAUCCCCUCUCCCCUGCAAAGAGAGGUUCCCCCCCACCCCCCUCUUUCUCUCUGUGAGGCCUUAGGUACAGAAAUUUGCAAUAGUUGGGAGCUUUUGGAAGUAUUUUGACCCCAGGAACAAUAAAUGAGGCUAGAAGUGCCUUGCUUGGUUUGACAACUCUCAGGUUAUUUCAAAUUAGCUGGUGGUCGCACUAACGAUGGCUGGCAGAAGAGCAUGCUGCCUGUUGCAGGCUAGGAGUAUGCCAACACCAAGGAUGUGCUCCCUGGGAGGCAUCUGGAAGGGACUCCAUCCUGCUGAGGCUGCGGGGCUCAGCCACGGUGAGCUCUGCUCCAUCUGGGUCCUCCAGCAAAUGGGGCCUGGGCAGCCCUUGGCACUAAUUGGAGUGAGACUGGGCUCCGUCCCAAGGCCUGUGGGCACAGCAGCUGUGUUCCCCUUGGUGGUGACAUUGGAGCAUUUUAAGUCCAAGAGGCUCCGAGGACCGGGAUCAGAUUUUAAACAAGUUUUCCCGUUGACUUUUCACAUUUCCCAGACAGGUUUGUGUGCGUUGUCUCCAGUGGGGCUGAAAUUUGACAGCUGGUUUUUUUUUUCUUUAGUUGUUGUUCAAUUCAUUAAAAUAGCACCUUAUCCUGUCAAAACAGUGCUAUUUGUGAUCCCUACAUCCGUGGCUAAAUAUAUUCCUGCUGCUGUCGGUGGUGCAAAGCUCUUUGGUCUCAGCUGGCCGUAUAGAACUACAGGAGAAGAGUUUCCACGCUGGGGAGGAAAAACAAGCACACCCUCUGGGGACUCGUAAUCCUGGCUCAUUUUUUGACCUCUGAUGCUUUCUGGAAAUGAAAAGAAGGAAGUGGAAGGUUCCUUCAGGCCGUCCUUGUACAUAUAUGUGCAGCCUUACCAAACCCGUGUCACGUUUGUGCUGAUCUGUAAAAUAGCGUUUAAAGGAUUUUUAAAGUAACUGUAAGAUAUUAAAGGAGGAUUUAUUUCGAGUACAGGCAUGGUGCUUGUGUCAGUGCUGCCCAGCAGGAGGAAGGCACAGCUUCGUAUCUGUGCACAGAGGGCACCCAGUGCUUUGCAGAGCACUGAUCUGAGGGCAGGAAAAAGCCCAUCAGGUCACCAUGGCUGUGAGCUGGGUGCCAGAGGGCACGGAAUCGAGACCUGCAGCAGCAAAUUGAGCUCAGAAGCAAGACCCAGUGCUGUAACGCCCACAUCAGCUUUGUUCUGGAUUAAGGAGAGAAGCUUGCAGAGUUUGUAUGUGUGAGAUCUGUGUGUGUGCCUUUCUCUUCCUGGAGUGCAUUCAAGGCUGAGCUGGUAGGGGUGAGGAUCAGGGUGCUGUAUAGACAAAAAAGCCCUAACCCACCCAUCUGCCACAGAUGGGCUGAGC